GCAACAUGUCUCGGAAGAACACAAGAAGUGAUGCCGCAUACUGUGCUUACCACCUUCUUCGGAGGGGGUCCGAGUCCAUUGUCCUCGGCCGCUCUCACCUCUAACACCAAUGAAGCAACCGAGCUCCAGCGGACAGCCAAGGCGAAGUAUUUUUCUCCUCAUGGUCCUCGUGUUGUUAGAGUAGCUGCACUGGUACGUAACAAAAAGGUAUGGCUUUCUUCGCGUGCGUUUCUGAUCUCCGUGGCUCAGUGAUUUUUCUGCAGCUACUGACUGUUGCUCCGCGGCCGGAACGAGAACGUUCACACGCUCAGCAUGAUGCCAGUUGGUAUACUACCAUAUCAGGUGCAAUACCCGCGCAGUCAGGGACCCAUCCCAUGGCAGGACCAUGCAUACUUUUCUCUGCUGUGGAUGAUCUACUCCACCUGCAAAAUAAACACAGCAGCAACAACAAGGCCAAUCACAAGGCCAAUCACAAGGCCAAGCCCAUAUCCAGGCGUCAUCAUUCUAAACUCGUUCUACUGCUACAUCGAUGUCCACGACACCUCCUGCUCCUGCUACGAGUACUGCCAUACCAAGAACAGCAACCACGCAGCCACGACUUCUUAUGUUGCGAGCUCGUUUCGUCCUUUUUUCUCUGCAGUAUAUCUCCCUCCCAUCAUUAACACUGCACGCCACUGAACAAGCACCUGCACUCCAUCACGAAAGUACCCAGCCCCACCUGCCAGCAAUGUCACCGACGCGAGGAAACCAUCCAUCACUUCAUACUCGCCCAAUGUAGCAAGAGAGCACGCACAGAAUGGAACAGAUGUUCGGUGACGUCACGCCAACAUG